CAGGAGUCUUGUCAGGAAGCUUGAGCAGCAGCUUGAGAGGCGCUUCUCCGCCAGCACUUCUGGUGCGAAGCUGAAUUGGAGAAGGAGCGCCAGGCGAGAGCUAUGGAGAGGCGAGACCUUGAGAUUCGACUUGCGGCAGCCAUGAGCGGUGCGAACACUGCUUCUCCCAACUCUGACAACGAAAACAAAGCCCUCGAUACGGCUCUCGUCAAUCAGAAGGCGUUAGCAGAGGCGGUGCGCCAGGCUCGAGAAAGCAUCGAGCGGGACCACGAGGUCAAGGUCUACAGGAUGGAGAGGGAGCACGAGGAAGCACUGGAGGCUCUACAAGACCAGCUGGACCGCGCUGAGGCGGACCGGUCGGGAGUUUCGAGCGAGCGAGACAGCAAGCAAGUGGCAGUGCUAGAGGCUGAAAUUGCAAGACUUGAGCGCGCUCUGCAGGACGCCAGCGACUCCCACAGCAACACGAGCGGUGAGAAGAAUACCGUGCUGGCAGACGAUCUGGCUCAGCUUCGAGGUCAGAAGGAAGAAGCAGAGCGCUUGGCUGGACAGCGAUUGCAGAUCAUCAAUGACCUCGAGGUUGACAUUGGGCGAUUCCAUGGCGAGCGAGCUACCAAUGCACGUCAGUUGGACAGCUUGAAGGAGGCGGCAGAGGCAGUCGAAGGAGAGGUCGUGCAACCUCUCAGGACGGAGGUCGCUACGCUGGAGACAGCCGUCAAGAGGCUAGAAGGCGAAAAGGCAGCUGCAGAGAGGCAGAGCCAGCAGGACGCUGAAGGCUUCGAGCAUGAGAUUGCCCAGAGCGAGGAAGAGAGAGAGCGGGCUGAGUUCCUCCUUCAAGAAGCACAAGUCGAGAGGAAGAAUCUGGCAGAGGAGGUGCAGGUUCUCCAGCAGAGCAUAGCCGAGCUCGAGACGGAGUCUUCCCAACAGGCUGAACGGAUUGCCGAACUCGAGCAGGAGCUGGCUGCCGCUCGCGACCAGCUCGACUCGUCCUUGGUCACCGCUUCCUCCUCUCGAACGUCCCUCGAAGCGCAACUCUCAUCUCUACAAGAAGCCCUCGAGCUCGCCAACGUGACCAAAUCCUCGAUCCACAGCCGCCUCGUCGCCGUCGAAGCCGAGGUCAAGACGCUCAGCACUCGCAACGAGGUGCUGGUGCGAGAAGCGAGCGAUUCGGACAUGAAGCGCUUGAAGCUGCAGAAGGCGAAUGAGGUCCUCUACGCUGAAUUUGAGAAGAUGGGGAUUGCGCUUGAGACGAAGCAGCUCGAGGUGGAGAUGCUCAAGAGGAAGGUCAAGAAGCCGGACGUGCUGGGGGAGGGCCACAAGGAUGGCACCGCCACGGCUGUGGAGGCUCUGAAGGCCAGGCAUGCGAGGGACACCUUAGCGGCCGUCGAUCGAGAGGCAGAAGACUCGCACACGGCCGAGGUUCUUCUGGAAAAGGGUCCCAACCCGCUCCGUGCUCGAGGCAGGAAGACCAUUGACCCUUGGGCUCAGCAGCAGGUCGCCCUUGCCAGCAGGGACAGCGACACCGACAAUGGCAGGACUCCGACUGCAGCCACAUCGCGAGCUGGCACCACCAUCUCCAGUAGCCGUGCUGCUACCAAGGCAAGUGAAAGUCAUCAGUCUGAGGAAAUCUCUGCUCGAAGACUGUCCAGCAGAACAGCAACAGACAAACCACGGAGCGUUCUGGGUCCCUCCUCAGUAGGGAACACCUCGCACAGUCGUACCAGUCGAGUUUCUCGAGCCUCAAAGUACUCUGUAGACCUGUCUGAGACAGAGGAUGCCAGCAAGUCGCAAAUCAGAGAGACAAGCAGAGCUACCGGAAGCGCUAUCGGAGGCGCUACCGCGACUGCUGCAGUGGCUCGUCGAGGCUCCAGCUCAUCCCUCUCGUCGAACCUGACGACCGCUUCUUCCACUUCUUCCCGAAGCAAACACUCUGUGCAUGACCCGCGCAGCUUGACUGGAGCGACAAUGCCGAUGGAGAUGAGAAGGGAGAGCGGAGCAUCCAUAAGUAGUCAGCAGAGCGCAAGCCAGAGCGCAACCCAGAGUAGGGACGAACCAAUGUCCCUGGAUGAGCUACGAACCGAGCUCGGCACUAGCACUAGCGCUAGCGCUAGCGUAGACAGGAGUGCAAGUGCAAGUGCAAAUGCAAGUGGCACUGGCACUGCGAGGUUACGAGGCUCAUAUUCCUCUUCUUCUUCUCUGCUGAAAAGUAGAAGUCUCGCCACGCGCAGUAUUAGCGUCUCGCAACCUUCCUACUCACAGUCCAGGCCGAGGCAACGUCAAGGACACGGCAGUGAUGCGGGCUCGGAAUUGAUGGAUUUAGUGGAGAGUGAUGCUGAUGCUGAUGCUGAUGCUGAGCUUGAGCUUGAGCUUGAGGGACACACGGACGAGAACGAGGAGGAGGAAGAGGCUUGAGGCUGCAGAAUUGAGAGUUCCCCGCUCGUUGCUUGCUUCUGCUCGGUCUAAUCGCAGGAGGGAAGAAGAGAGGGAGAGGGAGCGGGAGAGGGAGCGGGAGUGGGCUUUCUGAGAUUUUGCCUCUUGGGAUGGGGAUAGGGAUGGGGAUUUGAGGCGGUGUAUACCCUGUGCUUUUGCUGCUGCUGC